AUGAUGUUGGAGAUGUGUCGGAGGCCAUUGGAGAAGUGCUUUGGAGGAGGAGAUGGUGGAGAUGGGCUCCUUUGGCACAUGGACCUCAAGCCCCACUCUUCUGGGGACUAUUCGAUCGCAGUGGUUCAAGCCAAUUCGGCUUUGGAAGACCAGGGACAGGUGUUCACAUCCCCUUACGCCACGUAUAUUGGGGUCUAUGAUGGCCAUGGUGGCCCUGAAGCUUCUCGCUUCAUCACCAAUCGCCUCUUCCCCUUCCUUGACAAGUUUUCAAUUGAACAAGGUGGACUGUCAGAGGAUGUGAUAAGGAAGGCAUUUGAUGCAACUGAGGAAGAGUUCUUGGACUUGGUUAAGACAUCAUGGCCUGUCCGGCCGCAGAUUGCUUCCGUAGGUUCAUGUUGUUUGGUUGGCGCAAUUUCAAAUGGUGUUUUAUAUGUUGCUAAUCUUGGAGAUUCGAGGGCAGUUCUUGGCCGGAGAGCAUCAGAAGGGCAGGCGGUUGUGGCAGAGCGAUUGUCUACAGAUCACAAUGUUGCAGUGGAGGAAGUGAGGAAGGAGGUUAAGGAUCUUCACCCUGAUGAUGCACACAUUGUGGUGUACACUCGUGGAGUUUGGCGAAUUAAGGGCAUUAUUCAGGUGUCAAGGUCAAUUGGUGACGUCUACUUGAAGAAACCUGAGUUUAACAGAGAUCCGCUUUUCCACCAUUUCGGUAUACCUGUUCCUUUAAAGAGGCCUGUUAUGACAGCAGAACCCUCGAUAUUAGUUCGGAAGUUACAGCCACAGGACAUGUUUUUGAUAUUUGCAACAGAUGGUCUCUGGGAGCAUUUGAGUGAUGAAGCAGCUGUUAAAAUCGUCUCAAAGAAUUCAAGAGUUGGAAUAGCAAAGCGGUUGGUCAGAGCUGCGAUUGAGGAGGCUGCAAGGAAAAGAGAAUUGAGAUAUGAGGACAUAAAAAGAAUUGAAAAGGGGGUAAGGCGCCAUUUCCAUGAUGACAUCACCGUCAUCGUGAUAUUCCUGGAUCAUUCACAAGUUUCCCCAAAUGCUAGUUUGAAGGAUCCGAGCCUCUUCAACUGCACCAGUGUUCCUGUUGAUAUCUUCUCCAUGAACGGCGAUGAAGCCGAUGUAUCACUCCAUACCAUUCCCUGA